AUGGCUGCAGUUGCUGAUUUCGGUUUGAUUGGUUUGGCCGUUAUGGGUCAGAACUUGAUCCUAAACGUUGCUGACCACGGGUUUACUGUGGUUGCUUACAACAGAACCACUUCAAAGGUGGACCACUUCUUGGAAAAUGAAGCCAAGGGUAAGUCUAUUGUUGGUGCACACUCUUUGGAAGAAUUGGUUUCCAAAUUGAAGAAACCUAGAAAGAUCAUGUUGUUGGUCAAGGCCGGUAAGCCAGUCGACUAUUUGAUCAACGAUUUGGUUCCUCUAUUGGACAAGGGUGAUAUCAUCAUUGAUGGUGGUAACUCUCACUUCCCAGACUCUAACAGACGUUUCGAAGAGUUGGAGAAGAAGGGUAUUUUGUUCGUUGGUUCCGGUGUGUCUGGUGGUGAAGAUGGUGCUCGUUACGGUCCAUCUUUGAUGCCAGGUGGUGCCGAAGAAGCUUGGCCACACAUCAAGCCAAUCUUCCAAGCUAUCUCUGCUAAAUCCGACGGUGAAGCUUGUUGUGACUGGGUUGGCCCAGCUGGUGCCGGUCACUACGUCAAGAUGGUCCACAACGGUAUCGAGUACGGUGACAUGCAAUUGAUUUGUGAAGUUUACGACAUCUUGAAGCGUGUUGGUGGUUUCGAAGACAAAGAGAUCAGUGAAGUCUUUGCCAAGUGGAACACUGGUGUGCUAGACUCUUUCCUAAUUGAGAUUACCAGAGAUAUCUUGAAGAAGAACGACACUGACGGUGUUCCAAUCGUUGAAAAGAUCUUGGAUACCGCUGGUCAAAAGGGUACCGGUAAGUGGACCGCUAUCAACGCUCUAGACUUGGGUCAACCUGUCACUUUGAUCGGUGAAGCUGUCUUCAGUCGUUGUUUGUCUGCUUUGAAGGCUGAAAGAGGUAGAGCCUCCAAGGUCUUGCCUGGUCCAGAGAUCCCAAAGAAUGCCAUCACCGACAAGAAGCAGUUUGUCGAUGAUUUGGAACAAGCCCUAUACGCUGCUAAAAUUAUCUCUUACGCUCAAGGUUUCAUGUUGAUCCGUGAAGCUGGUAAGACUUACGGCUGGAAAUUGAACAACCCAGCUAUCGCUCUAAUGUGGAGAGGUGGUUGUAUCAUCAGAUCCGCCUUCUUGGGUGAAAUCACCAAGGCUUACAGACAAAACCCAGAAUUGGAAAACCUCUUGUUCCACAGUUUCUUCUCUGACGCUGUCUCUAAGGCUCAAUCUGGCUGGAGAAAGACCGCUGCCUUGGCUACUCAAUACGGUAUCCCAACCCCAGCUAUCUCCACUGCUUUGGCUUUCUACGAUGGUUACAGAUGUGAAAGACUUCCAGCUAACUUGUUGCAAGCUCAAAGAGAUUACUUCGGUGCUCAUUGUUUCAAGGUCUUGCCAGAAUUUGCUUCUGCAACUUUCCCAGAAGGUAAGGACAUUCACGUCAACUGGACUGGUCACGGUGGUAACAUCUCUGCAAGCAGUUACGAUGCUUAA